CUGCUGAAAAAGUUUGCUGACCCCUGCCCUAGGUGGACCAGAAUGCCCCAAAUUUGGUCUAAUGCCUUUUGCCACACUCUGUGUCGAGUGGGCAAGUUACUAGAGAGCUGAGCAGCUUAGAAGCACCCAUAUGAUCUACUACAUCAUGGGAUCAGUAGUGGAGCAAACUGUUUUGUAGGACCUCGUUCUCUUCCCCCCACCCCCAAGUGUGCUAAAGUAGAGCAGUUCUAGGGAUGCAGAAAAAAGCUAUGACACUAUUAUGACAAAACCAGAAUAUUCUGUUUUUACGUCUGGAAAUAUUAUUGAGGGUUAGUUGUUGUUCCAAAUGAAAAUAAAGGCUGAGCACACACCGAAUAUUGAAAACGCAUGACUGCGCCCUGUCUCACCCCACAAAGAACAUUGGGAAAUGCAGUUUGCUAAGGGUGCUGGGGGGGGGGCAUUGCAGCUUUUUGAGGGAUAAGCUACAGUUCCCAGGAUUCUUUGGGGUGGAGAGUUGUGUGCUUUAACUAAAUGGUGUGUAUAUGGCCUAAAAGUCUCCGGGUUAGCAGAACUACAGCUGUUGCUUUGGUAACAACGAUCCCCUCCCUGACCUGUUCCAGCCCAGCUUUUGUUUCUUUCUUGACUUGGCCAGGAGGCAGAAGGCAUGUGUUUGUGGAGAGGCAGAGGAGAGAGAGAUAGAAUGGCUGACCCUUGUCCCUGUGGACCUUCCUCCUGCGACUGCUUCGUCUCUCUUCCCCCGGCCUCUGCAGCCAGAGAGGUCAUAUUUGGCAAGAAUUCUGACCGGCCGAGGGAUGAAGUCCAAGAGGUAGUCUAUUUCCCAGCCAGAAGCCAUGCCAAGGGGGCAAAGGUCCAGUGCACAUAUAUUGAAGUGGACCAGGUUGAGAAGACCCAUGCGGUCAUUCUCAGCCGACCAGCCUGGCUCUGGGGAGCCGAGAUGGGGGCCAACGAGCACGGGGUCUGCAUUGGCAAUGAAGGGGUGUGGACCAAGGAGCCCGUGGCAGAGGAGGAAGCCUUGCUGGGCAUGGAUCUGGUCAGGCUUGGUUUGGAGCGGAGCAGCAGUGCCCAGGAAGCAGUCCAGGUUAUAACAGCCCUCCUGGAACGUUAUGGCCAAGGGGGCAGUUGCAAGGAGGAGCCGACCCCCUUCAUUUACCACAACACCUUCCUCCUUGCGGAUCGCACUGAAGCCUGGGUUGUAGAAACAGCCGGGCGGUUUUGGGCGGCUCAGAGGAUUCGAGAAGGUGCCCGGAACAUUUCCAACCAGCUGAGCAUUGGUACCGACAUUACCUCUGAGCAUGCGGGCCUCAGGCAACAUGCCCGGGAGCAGGGAUGGUGGAGUGGCCAAGGGGCGUUCAGCUUCCUGGAGGUGUUUUCUCUCACCCACCAGCCUGUGCGCAUGGAGGCGGCCAAAGCUCGCUAUUGUGCUGGCCAGCAGCUGCUGCACCAACAUUCAGGGCAGAUCACCGCAGAGACCAUUAUGACCAUCUUGAGUGACAAGGCCAGCGGGAUCUGCGUCGAUUCGGAAGGUUUCUGCACCACGGGAAGCAUGGUGUCCGUCCUGCCGCAGGAUCCCCACCUCCCUUGCAUCCACUUCUUCACGGCCACGCCAGACCCUUCCAGGUCGAUCUUCAAACCCUUCAUCUUCGUUCCCAACGUCACUUUCUUUCACCAAGUGCAAUCGCCGACCUUUGGCGACAAAGACCCCGUCAGGGAGACGCCCAGGUUUCAGAGACAGGUGGACCGACGGCACAAUCUCUACAGGGAACACCAGUUAGUCCUGGACACCAUGGACCGCAAUGAGCAUGAGCGCCAGAGACUCCAAGAGAUUAUGCGGAAAUUUCAGCGGCAAGCCCUGGAGGCCAUGAAGAACCUGCUGGCGGGCUCCUUCACUCUGAAACCCCAGGAGCUGGCUGACCUCUUCUAUGACUGUGUGGUCACAGAAAUCAAGUUAUAUAAACAGUAAGAUCCCUAUCAGGGCAGAGAGAUUGAGGUUCAUUCCUGAGACCACUGAGAGUUCCAUGUGUGAAACAAAACCCUACUUGAAUGAUAUGAUAUGACAAUGCUGCACCUUUAAAAAAACAAAACCUUAAAAUUGUGGAGUUGGCAUAGGCAGCCUUCAGAAUUCAUUGUUGCUGCAAGAGUGAAGACCACGGGCAUAGUUGUGGCUUUGAAAAGUUCGUGAAGGCUGGUGGUUCUGAAAUGUGGAGCAGCCUCUGCGUCUUAAGGGCUACAGAAAACAAGGGAAGUGGGUAGCACUUUAGUGCACUUCUGGAACCUCCAACUGGCUACUGUCAGAAGCAAUGAAGUAGAGCGAGAUAAGACAUCUGGAAUUGUUUGGCCUGAGCUGUUGGGGAUGCACUAGAUAGAUCUCAGUCUGCAAGAUAGAUGGGUCUCCAUUUAGUUUUGUCACUGCGUUUUUGGUCUGGAGGGACCGAGACAAAUAAUCUGGGAGAAGGGCUGUUUUUUUUCCUUCUAAAAACAGAGAAACGGUCCUCCAAAUUUUAACAUCUGUCUGAGAUAUCCCAAACAUUUUUUUUCUUAAAACGACCCGAGAUUCCAGCAAAUGCUACCGGUGUAUUAUUGUAGACACAGCACUACAGAAUAACCUGUGAGAUGUAUAUUCCUCUUUUCUAUUACGGAUGCUGCAAUCCUGAUAUUUCCCCCCCCCAAGCUCUGUAUCCUCAGCCUUACCACUGUUCUCAGUUGCUGAGAUGAUUUGGGAUGGAGCUGCCUUCUAAACAAAUAUCCCGUCCCAAACCUUUCAGAGGUUUGAUGGUGCAAAUCUAUGAUUAAUCUGAACCUGCACAUAGCACAAAUACUCUGGGGAGAUGACGCAAAUUGCCUUUAAAAGGCAAAUGCAAGCUUUCAGACCUGCAUCGUUAUUUUGUUUCCUCGCCAAGUUUUAGGCAGCUCCAAACUCCUAACAAGGAAUUCUGAGCGGCCUAAUCAGUGGCGUAGCGUGGGGGGUGCCAAGAGUGCCGGCCGCACCGGGCGCAACAUCUGGGAGGGCGCGAGUCCAGAGGGAAGGGACAAGUUCCUUCCUCCGCUGGGCUCCCCACUGCCACCUGCGCCCCAGCGCGGCGCGCCCCCCGCCGCUGCGGCUGCGCUCCACUCACUGCUCGCAGGAGGAGCAGCCGCUGCUGCAGCGCCGACGC